AACUGGAAAAUUAUAUUAUUCAAAUGAUUUGAAUAAAAUCAACAGGUUGAUUAUUUAAAGGUUUGAUUAGUUAAUUUUCUCGACCGAUGAGAAUCAAUUGUAAAAUUCUAGGUUUAGUUAGUGAUGUGAUCUACUCAUCUCGAUUUAGUCCAUGUCUUCAUCGUCGAUUUGUUUGUAAAAAAGUGCAACUCGCCAAUUUUAAUCCACGAAAUUAUUCAUCGAAUCAAACAGUUAAAAUGGAAGAAACUGUGACAAAUCCUUCACAAGUGCCAUUAAGUGACGACGUUGGUCAAUUUGAUUGUAAAAGAAAAUGUGAUGAUGAAAGUGAGUCAGUGGCAGAAAAAAAAUUAAAAACAGAAACUGAUUUGGUGAGAGUUAAACACAAGAAAUUUGCCAUUCUCAUUAGCUAUUGUGGUGUCAAUUAUUAUGGUCUUCAAAGGAAUAAUGAUGUCAAGACGAUAGAAGGCGAUUUGUUUGAUGCUUUCUUAAAACUGAAUCUAAUCAAGCAAGAACAUUAUGAAAGACCCCAAGAAUUUUACUUCCAAAGAGCAGCGAGAACUGACAAAGGUGUUUCAGCGAUUAAACAAAUUCUAUCUUGUCGAAUGCCCGAAUCUUUUCAAAGUUCAAUUCCUGAAAUAAAUGCGCUUUUACCUCCAAUGAUUCGAGUGAUAGCAGCCAAAAAGACUACACUCAAAUUCGAUUGUAAAAACUAUUGCGAUGGUCGGACUUAUGCUUAUCUGAUGCCUUCGUAUGCUUUGGCUCCUCUCGAAGAAAAAAAUGAUCUCUCUUAUCGGAUUAAAUUGGAACAUAUUGAUCGUUUCAAUCAAAUUCUCAAAAAAUAUGAAGGAACUCAUAACUUUUUCAAUUUUACUUCUCAAAAGACUUCCGUUGAUCCAAGUGCGAUGCGUUUCAUCAUCAAGAUGGAAUGCAGUCAACCUUUUAUUCGUAAAGAUCUGGAAUUCGUUCAGAUUCAUGUGAGAGGACAAUCUUUCAUGAUGCAUCAAAUUCGUAAAAUGAUUGGACUCGCAAUCGGUAUAAUGAAAGGAUUCGCCAAUGAAGAGGUUAUCGACAGAGCUUUCGGAUUAGUAAGAUUGGAUAUACCUAAAGCUCCUGGUUUGGGUUUAAUGUUGGAAGAGGUUCAUUAUGAUAAGUAUAACAAAAGAUUCAGUGGCGAUGGUAUUCAUGAAGCUUUGGUUUGGGAUGAAUAUAAUGAUGUCAUUAAAUCAUUUGUGGAACAGUUCAUAUAUCCAGUUAUAAUUGACACCGAAAUUAAUGAAUUAAGUAUGAUGAAAUGGUUACAAUUACUCCCAAUCCAUACAUUUACCGAAAGAGAACCUGGACCACCAGCUCCAAUUGAUGAUUCCAAUCCUGACGUACCUGAAAGAUCAGUUUAUUUAACCGCAGCGAGCAACGUUGGCCUGAUAUCGAGACAGAAAGUAGGUGAAACAACCACUGAUGCAAUUAAAGACGCAAAGGAAUCAUUUUCAGAUACUUCUAAUUCAAUUUUGAUUAAUGAAAAAAAUAGCUCAACUUGAUUUAAUAAUAAAUUGCGACGAUUAUUGUUUUGAAUAAUCAA